UUCCUACAGAUCCAUUUAUCAUCCAUUCAUCACUGAUCAAAGCAUUUCUAUACUAAAGUGUCUGUGUUUAUUUCAUUAUAUGUUUAUUAUAUUUUUUAUUUUAUUUAUAUGGCACAAAGCUGUAGAAGUUACAACACAAUGUGCUACAGAAUAUAAAUCAAUCAAUCAUAAUAGAUGAAAAUGAUAAUGACACAUAUGAGGUAUGGAGGAUGAGCACCUUCUGCUCACUGGAUCCAUCCAUCCCAGAGAGAGAGAGAGAGAGAGAGAGAGAGAGGGAGGGAGGGAGAGAGAGAGAGAGAGAGAGAGAGAGAGAGAGAGAUCCCUGGACGGUGAGUCCCCGUGAGAUGAGAUGAGUCGUGGUGGAGACUCAGAGUAAUCCUGUGGUGGAGAGGAAAGAGAAAGAUCCACGCACCGGUUCCUGCUCGGAUAUUUAGAGCUUUAUCAAGUUGGAUGUCACUCAAAAACUUGUUCUGAUUCUCUGAGGCUGACUGGUUGGCUGGUUUGGUUUGGUUUGGGUUGGGUUGGCUGGUUUGUGUUGGGUUGGAUUGGGUUUUGGUUGUGUUGUGUUGGGGGAUCUCAGGACGCGCACCAUGAAGGAGGAGGAGAGCGCAGCGCGCUGAGAGAGACUCUCCAGGAGUGUUACCGGCGGUAGACUAUGAAGAGAUGUGAGCUGAACUCGUGGUAGAAUGGCACCUUAUCUCACAUGGAUGUCUGAGGGAUGGCAGCUUUUCACCACCACCUGCACCACCACCACCUCCAGCCCAGCGCAGACCUGCGGCGGCUCUUCCACCGGCUCACCAUCGCGUCCUCUCUGAGCAUCCUCUGCUUCUCCUUGGUCUAUCUGCUCACCGGAUGCUGUGAGUCGGAGCUGACAGAAAACUCUGACAUCAAGCCACCCGCGCGCGAGUUCCUUGUGUCAGGAUCAGGAUGGCCUUACGAGAGAAACGGAACCGGCGUCGCCAAGGAAGUUACCGGCACCACCACCUCGGCUGGCGACGGCGCGUCCGGCGGUCAGCCCGGGCUGGAGGCGAACAGCUCGGGCAGAGAAUGGACGGCCAGCCGGAGGUUACCGCAGGCUCUCAUCAUCGGGGUUAAGAAGGGAGGCACCAGGGCUCUGCUGGAGUUCCUGCGGCUCCACCCGGAUAUCCGCGCCUUGGGCUCCGAGCCGCACUUCUUCGACCGGCAUUACGCACGGGGACUGGACUGGUACAGAAGUAUGAUGCCCAAAGCCCUGGACGGUCAGAUUGUUAUGGAGAAGACGCCUCGUUACUUUGUCACUGUGGAAACUCCGGCACGAGUCCAUGCUAUGUCACAGGAUGUGAAGCUGAUCGUGGUGGUCCGUGACCCCGUGACCAGAGCCAUAUCUGACUACACACAGAUCAUCUCCAAGACCCCGGACAUCCCUCCCUUUGAGAGCCUGGCCUUCAAGAACCGCACCACAGGUCAGAUUGACUCCCUGUGGAGCCCGCUGUGGAUCGGCCUGUACGCCCAGCACCUGGAGCGCUGGCUGUCCUGGUUCCCCAGAACUCAGAUCCAUCUGGUCAGCGGGGAGAGGCUCAUCUCCGACCCGGCCGGAGAACUGGGCAAAGUCCAGGACUUUCUGGGUCUCCAGAGGAUCGUCACGGACAAGCACUUCUACUUCAACAAAACGAAAGGCUUCCCCUGCCUGAAGAAGCCGGAGGGCAGUAGUAAACCUCACUGCCUGGGGAAGACCAAAGGGAGGACGCAUGCCUCCAUUGACCCGGAGGUGAUGCAGAUACUUCGGGAUUUCUACAAGCCGCAUAACCAGCGCUUCUAUCAGAUGGCGGGCCAGGACUUUGGAUGGCAGUGACUCUUUGACUGUGUGGAACCAGAGGGCUUUGGUUGGCAUUGUGAGCAAUUCUUCCAUCUGACUGAAACAGAUGGAGUGCAAAAGAUUCAGAGGACAGAGCUAAUUAUCUGUUUCUGACCAGCAGAGAGACAUCUCAGAGAAAACCCAGUGUCAACACAUUCACCCCUAUCAUAUCAAUCAAUCAUCUCGUUCAAGUGUUUGAAAGACAGCAGCGUCAUUUUAUCUAUCAUAGAUGUUCAGUAAAAGAUGUACUUUUUGUGGUAUUGAACAAGGGCGUCCCCUUGCACCUUUCUCAUUUGGUAGGCUACUUAUUCCCAUGCCAGGUGGUUAAAUAAAACAUUUGUGUGCAAAGUUGGUCAUAAGACAGUGGUUGCUAUAGGUUACAGCUGUAAAAAGUUGAAUGGUGAAAUAUAGGGAUGCACCGACACCACUUUUUUCAGACCGAGUACAAGUACAAUUACUUGCAUUUGGGUACUCGCCGAUACCGAGUACCGAUACGAGUACUUCUCUGUGCCAAAAGA